AUGAUAGUUAAAGACAAUAGCAAUGGAGGUAGCGAUGGUGGAGAAAGUAGAGGCGGUGGUAGAGACGGUAGUGGCAGCAACGAUGAAGGUGGUAGAGAUGGUGACGGCAUCCUCGCUGGCGGUGGCAUAGAUGUCAGCAGCGGCGGUGGUUGUGGUGGUGAUUGUAGUGACAACGGUGAUGGUGGUGGCAACAAAGUUAGAGGAUGUAGUGGUGGUGGCGGCAACAAAGAUGGUGGAUGUGGCGGAGGUGGCUAUGGUGAUGCGGAGGGGGCGUGGCGACGAAGUUGGUGGUGGUGGAUAUGGAAGAAAAUCGUUGAAGAAGAAACUGUAAAAAAAUAG